AUGGACUCAAUCGACAGACUCAAAACUGGCUUCGCCGCGCUCCCAGAAGAACUUCGCCUAGAAAUCUACAAAUGGAACGCAAAUUGUAUGGUCCUCAAUACUGUUCCUGGGAUCAAACAUAUCCAGCAAGCUGCCGGCGACACAUUGUAUGCGCUCGACCGAGAGAAGGAAGCACGCCUUUUCGUGCACUGGAAGGGCAUCAAGCAGUUGCCUCGCCUCUUACAACUACUCGCACAUACGUAUACAUGGGGUAAGCGCUGGCUUGAAGCCAAUCCACCAAACGCGACAGAUGGUCAGCAAGAUUGGGUGCGAGUCAAAAAGUCAACUUCGCAUGAUCUCAACACACUACUUUACGAGUAUCUUAAUCCCAGCCAUUACAAGAGAAUUUUCAGCGAACUCGGAGAUCCAUCACGAUUACCUACGCUUUCCACACUGGUACGAGACUGGUUUAGUGAUAUUGCUACGAAAUGCAAUACCGCCGCCCCGAUCCCCCUGAGUACAGCGGAACGACGUCUCCUGAUCGAAUUCCUGGAGAUGACAAUGGACAAACUACGGAACCCAAGCACGAGCGGAGAUGUCGAAAUAUAUAUUACCGUCCCCACAGUAGACGCCACUUAUGCAGACCCUGACGACCAGACCAGGGCAUUCCUCAUCUCGACAAUCCCCUUCGCACUCAACCGCACCCAACACAGACAGUACACCUCACUUCCAGCACCAGUCUCAGACAUGUCCGCACCACCGAAGCGCAAAUGGACCCGCGGCGGCAGAGGAGGAGGCCGUGGAGGCGGCGGCGGUGGCGGCGGUGACCGUACCAAUGGCACACCCGGGCGAGGACCUGCGAACGCUCGCUCGACCAUGUCGCAGCAACCAAAACGUCCUAGAGUCGAAGACACGCUGCCGAAGCCAGAUCUGGGCGUCGACGUACGGCAGAUGUACAGCACUGCGGCGGGCGAUGCGGCACCGAAGCCCUUCGCCGACCUGAAGAACAAGCUACACCCAGCGUUGCUCAAUGGCUUGGACAAGAUGGGAUUUGAAUACAUGUCCCCUGUUCAACAAAAGGUUCUCACUGAGCUGCCCAGUUCCUCCUCCGACUGUGUUGUACAGGCGAAGACUGGUACGGGCAAGACCGUGGCCUUCCUACUGCCUGCGAUCCAAAAUCUCCUAGCCGGUAACAUGCCCCGCAAAGGCAAGGUCGCCAUCCUCGUCGUCUGCCCUACCCGCGAGCUGGCUCUACAAAUUGCGAAGGAGUGCAACGGUGUCACAUCGUGUCUGCCCCAGAAGAUGGAGUGCCAUACUGCGUUUGGUGGUACUUCCCGUGCUUCGAACCUUAAGGCCUUCAUGAACGGCAACCCUACCGUCUUGGUCGCUACUCCCGGUCGCCUUGACGACAUUCUGGGUGAAGAGGAAGUUCGCGAAAAGUUCAGUGAUCUGAAGACAGUUAUCCUCGACGAGGCUGAUCAGAUGCUCGAUGCCGGGUUUGCACCUGCGGUCAAGAAGAUACUCAGGCGCAUUCCCCCAAAGAACGAUGGCUGGCAAGGAAUGUGUUUCUCCGCCACACUCCCCAAGGAGGUUCUUGACAUCGCCAAGAUUGUCUUAUUCCCUGGUUACACACAUCUUUCGACUGUCGACCCGAACGAAGUGCCGACCCACGAGCGCGUACCACAGUUCUUCUUCUCUGUUCCUACUGUCGGUCAGACUUUCCCUGCGUUGUCAGCCCUGAUCGAGGAGGAGUACAACCAGAACCCCACCGGCUUCAAAGCCAUUGUCUUCGGUACCACCGCGAACGGUGUCGGACUGCUGUAUGACCUCUACCGAAAUGCGCUACCCCAGUUCAAGCUAUUUGAGCUCCACAGCCGCAUGUCUCAGCCUGCACGCACACGCACUACCCAGGAAUUCAAGGACGCUCAAAGCGGUGUCUUGUUCGCAUCCGACGUCGUCGGGCGCGGCAUGGAUUUCCCCAACGUUGGCCUCGUCGUUCAGCUGGGUCUCCCCUCAAGCACUGACCAGUACGUUCACCGUGUCGGCCGAACAGCUCGUGCCGGUAAGGAUGGACGUGCCGUCCUCGUUCUCUUCGAGCAAGAAGCCUUUUUCCCAAGGAUCAACAAGACGCUGCCUAUCAACCCUUACCCCGUCGACCUUGUGUCACGUCUACCCUCGCAUCAAGCAAACAUUGACCGAGCCUUCACCAAUGUCGAUGAGCAAUCGAAGGCAAAGGCGUACCAGGCGUUCCUUGGCUACAACAAGACUUUCGUCAAGAAGCUGCAGAUCUCUACGGCCGAUCUAGUUCGUCUCGCUAAUGAUUACGCGUACACGAUGGGCUGCCCCGAGCCGCCCAUGUUGGAGAAAUCCACAGUCGGCAAGAUGGGCCUGAAGGGAAUACCAGGUCUCAGGAUCGGGUCUCGAAGGAACUAA